AUGGCGGGAUCACCGGUUCCAAUUGAUAGUUCCUCGAACGAUAAAGCGAUGGCGAUGAAUCCAAUCCUAGAGCAAUGGCAGGUUCAAUACGCGCGCUUCGUACAUUUUCCUCCUAUUUCGUCCGUCUCCUCGGCGGCGGCUCAUCAUCAACCUCUACUCGUACCUCGCUCCAAUACCUCGAGGAAAAUCCGAAAAGGCGGGGUUUGGUUUUCCACAUCUUCCUCUUCCUCCGCAGCCACCGCUGUUGGAACUGCCUGUCUCAAGCUCAUCGGUAGUUCCGAUGAUGCUAUCCUCAAUCUCUCUGUCCAUGGCAAAGUCCUCGAAGAGCAUCGAGUUUUGCAGCUGCAUUUUACAUGGCCUCAGGUGUCAUGUGUAUCUGGAUUUCCUGCAAGAGGAAGCCGAGCUAUUUUUGUGAGCUACAAUGAUUGUUUAGGACAGGUCCAGAAAUUCACCUUACGGUUUUUAACAAUUUAUGAAGCAGAAGCGUUCAUUGAUGUUCUGAAGGAGACCUUGUAUAAUGCUCCAGAUAAGCUUCAAGGUUUGAAAUACAAUUCUGAGCUAUCAUCGCAAUCUGAGUUUAUCCCUCCGAUUGGACUUCCAUAUAGGGCUGAGGAAGAUUGGAGGCAUACAACUUUUGCUGACACAAGUAUCACUUCGAGGGUAACUGAGGAAGAUUGUAGGCUUACAACUUCUAUAACUACUGCUGAAGCUAUGAACCAUCAGGGGCUAGCAAGCUUGAACUGCAUAGUCGAUAAACAUUCAAAUGACCAAGAAGCCAUACAUAAUCCUGAAGUUGAAGAUUUUCCUGUUGAUUUUCCUCCCAGUUUCACAUCAUUCCUAAGGAACUGUUGCCCUGCAGCUGAAAAAAAUGCAGUGCUAGCAGCAUUACCUGAGGAAAAUGACCUUAAGGCCCAAAUUGCGAGAUAUCUGGAAGAUUCUUCCUUUCAAGAUAUUUUAGUUAAGGUGGAGAAAGUCAUCAAUGAGAUCGGAGAUGGUGUAAUGCUGUAAGCGCCCAGCAAAUUGGCAGGCUUGAACUGCAACAUUUGCCAUUAAAAUAUGUCAUUCUUUCCUAUAGCAGUAAUGCCUAGCAAACCUCGUUCAAGACAUCAUCCUGCAAGUUUGUUCGUUUUAUUGUCUCUUUGUAGUAGCAAAUGAUUCCAUAAAAAGAGAAGAAAGAAAUGAUUUGUCAAUCGAGUUGGCUGAA